AUGUGCCACGUAGCGCGGCGCAGACGUACGAGCGGGGCUUGGAGCUCGCUGCCGAGCGGGGCCUGGCGCGCAGGCGGCGGCAGCGCUGAGGCGAGCUGCGAGCUCACGGGGCACUACUUUACUGUUCUUUUUGGCCAUGAAGGGCAGAAGCCACUGGAGCUCCGCUGUGAGGACGAAGUUGAUGGAGAUGAAUGGGUGGAAGCUAUUCACCAAGCUAGUUACUCAGAUAUUCUGAUUGAAAGGGAGGUGUUAAUGCAGAAGUACAUUCAUCUUGUCCAAAUUGUGGAGACUGAAAAGAUUGCAGCCAAUCAACUUCGACAUCAACUUGAAGAUCAAGACACAGAAAUUGAAAGACUUAAAUCAGAGAUCGUAGCUCUCAAUAAAACAAAAGAACGAAUGCGACCUUAUCAAGGCAAUCAGGAAGAUGAGGAUCCAGAUAUUAAAAAGAUUAAAAAGGUUCAGAGCUUUAUGCGAGGCUGGUUAUGCAGAAGAAAAUGGAAGACUAUUGUCCAAGAUUAUAUUUGUUCUCCUCAUGCAGAAAGUAUGAGAAAAAGGAACCAGAUAGUUUUUAACAUGGUUGAGGCUGAAUCUGAAUAUGUGCAUCAGCUUUAUGUUCUUGUGAACUGUUUUCUGAGGCCCUUAAGAAUGGCUGCAAGUUCAAAGAAGCCACCUAUCCGUCAUGAUGAUGUUAGUAGCAUUUUCCUUAACAGUGAAACAAUCAUGUUUCUUCAUGAAAUAUUUCACCAAGGUUUAAAAGCAAGAAUAGCUAUUUGGCCUACCUUAAUUUUAGCUGACUUAUUUGACAUUCUGCUGCCAAUGCUGAACAUAUAUCAAGAAUUUGUUCGGAAUCAUCAGUAUAGUCUUCAAGUACUGGCAAACUGUAAGCAAAACAGAGAUUUUGACAAACUCUUGAAGCAAUAUGAAGCCAACCCAGCAUGUGAGGGAUGAAUGUCGGAUACUUUCCUUACUUACCCCAUGUUUCAGAUCCCUAGGUAUAUUAUAACACUUCAUGAACUUCUGGCUCACACACCACAUGAACAUGUUCAGCGAAAAAGCCUAGAAUUUGCUAAAUCUAAACUAGAAGAACUUUCAAGUAACACAGAAAACAUCCGGAAGAAUCUAACCAUAGAAAGAAUGAUAGUAGAAGGCUGUGAUAUAUUGCUAGAUACCAGCCAAACUUUUAUACGCCAAGGUUCCCUUAUUCAAGUCCCCUCGGUUGAGAGGGGAAAACUUAGUAAAGUUCGCCUGGGAUCACUCUCUUUGAAAAAAGAAGGAGAAAGGCAGUGCUUUUUAUUUACAAAACACUUCUUAAUUUGUACUAGAAGUUCGGGAGGAAAACUGCAUCUGCUGAAGACAGGAGGUGUUCUGUCUUUAAUAGAGUGCAUGCUGAUUGAGGAGACAGAAGCAAGUGAUGAUGAUUAAAAAGGUUCUGGGCAGGUGUUUGGACAUCUUGAGUUCAAGCUUGUAGUUGAACCUACAGAUGCUCCUCCAUUUACUGUUGUCCUUUUAGCCCCUUCACGACAGGAGAAAGCCGCAUGGACAAGUGAUAUAAGCCAGUGCAUUGAUAAUAUUAGGUGCAAUGGUUUAAUGACCAUAGUGUUUGAAGAAAACUCUAAAGUCACUGUGCCACAUAUGAUCAAAUCUGAUGUGCGCCUUCAUAGAGAUGACAUUGAUAUCUGUUUUAGCAAAACAUUCAAUUCCUGAAAAGUACCCCAGAUUCGUUAUGCAAGUGUGGAAUGCCUUUUGGAGAGGUUAACCAACUUGCGAUUUCUGAGUAUUGAUUUCCUGAAUGCCUUCCUACAUACCUACUGUAUAUUUACUACUGCAUCAGUUGUACUGGCAAAACUUUCAGACAUAUACAGAAGGCCUUUCACUUCCAUUCCAAUCAGGUCUGUGGAGUUAUUUUUUGCUACCAGUCAAAACAAGAGAGGAGAGUACCUUGCUGAUUGGAAGUUACUGCAUCUUUGUCGCAAAUUUUCUUCUCCUCCCCCAUUGUCCCUCUCCAGAACUUCCUCACCCAUCAGAACACGAAAAUUGUCACUGACCUCACCACUGAAUUCAAGGAUAGGUGCCCUUGAUCUUUCUGCUUCUUCUGUCGCAAGCAAUCCUACCUCAACCUACAGUCUGGCCACCUCCCCUCUGCCAACGAGCAGCAAAGUGCCACUGGACCUCAGCAAAGGGCCCUCAUCCCCCAAGCAGAGCCCCAGCUCCAUAGAGGACAGCUUGGAGAACCCUCGCAUUGACCUCUGCAACAAGCUGAGGAGAAGCAUUCGAAGAGCAGUAGUUUUGGAAUCUGUGUCAGUGGACAGGACAAUUCCUGAAAACACCUCAGCAGUGGAUACCCCACGGCUUUCCCCAUGUAGAUCCCCUUCGACACCACAUCAUCUUCGCUACUGGCAGUCAGGAGUACAAACAGCUGACAACAGCCACUGCUCUGUUUCUCCUGCUUCUGCUUUUGUCUUGGUAGUAAAUGCGAUUUAUGGGUUUUUGGGGUUAGCGUUCUCUGCUAAGGGAGCCAUGGAUUCCACAGACCAGCUGCAAUCCCUGACGUACAAAAUCAUGGAUGUUGAUCGGGAGAAGUGA